AUGGCAACUUCCUCAGCUCCAUCCGAGCCGCUGUCCGUGGCGGUCGUUCGGUGCACGGAGUUGAUGGAGGAAUAUGAGCAGCACCUCCUGCCGGACAGGAAAGAAUGGAUUCCCAACACUCCCCAAUUCAUUUUCGGCGACACGGGCCAUGAAAUGGGCAUUUGCCUCAUGGGCCAAAUGUUCCCACUGCGCGGGAACGAAGAAGGGUGCGAGUUUGAUUUCCAUUCCGGGAAACGAAAAGAUAUGCUCAAGGAGCUUGCCGAGUUCGGGACCCAGUCGAAGGUUAUUCUAUUUCUCCAGAACCACCUCAUUGUAUUCAAAUUCGUGGCAUGCAGUGCAAAGGAUGAUUAUGAAAAGGGGGAGUCGUUGGAGAUUCCGAACUUGUUCAAGCAUGUUGCUGUUAGCGCCGGCUAUGUUAUUCUUAACGACGAGGAGCAACCCUCGAGCCAGUAG